CUCCGCUUAUAGCCCACCGCAUUUCAUUUCCUACCUACCCACCUGCCUUUGUCCACAUUUAACAUCGUUUCCAGAAAUCCUCCCGGGCAUCAUUCAUUCUUGUUCCUCCUUUUCAGGUUCACACUACCUCUCCUUGAUUUUCGGCUGGAACCCAGGAUAAACCCUCCUUCUCAUCUGUCAAUACUCCUCCCACCAGCAAAAAAAAACAGAAAAAACAAUACAAAAACAAGCAAACACCCCUUCCCCUUCCCCACCAAAAUUUGCUCUCGACCCGAGACCAUCCAACUAUUUUUGAUGGCGCAAAUUAGAGGAACAGCAAACUAUCAUCUGGGCCCCGACCAUAGGCCUUUCGGAGGCCCAUCACACUCGGCAGCAACUUCGGAUCCUUCCCCGCUUGAUGCUAUUCGUGAGCAAACAAAUAAGAUUGAGGAUUUACUGGACACCUUUGCUGAACCUGUUAAACCGUACCUACCCGCAAUUGGAAGAUUUCUCAUCGUUGUAACCUUUCUUGAGGAUGCGCUCAGGAUUGUGACCCAAUGGAGCGACCAACUUUUGUAUCUUCAUGACUACAGGCGCAUUCCCUGGGGCAUUACACAUCUAUUCUUAGCUGUUAAUGUUGUUGCUAUGCUGAUUUGCUCGGUUCUGGUCAUUGCCCGUCGCCAUUCCGAAUAUGCCGUUGGGGGCCUUCUUGGUGUUGUCGUUACCCAAGCUCUCGGUUAUGGAUUAAUUUUCGAUUUGAACUUUUUCCUCCGCAAUCUUUCUGUCAUGGGUGGUCUACUCAUGGUCCUUUCUGAUUCGUGGCAUCGCAAGCGUUUCGCUUUCGCCGGGCUUCCGCAAAUCGACGAAAAGGACCGAAAGAUGUAUUUCCAGUUUGCCGGAAGAGUCCUGCUAAUCUUCCUGUUCAUCGGAUUUGUGUUCUCCGGAGAGUGGAGUGUCAGCAGAGUCUUGGUGAGCUUCGCUGGGUUUGUUGCCUGCGUAAUGGUUGUGGUUGGGUUCAAGGCCAAGUGGAGUGCGGUUUUGCUCGUCGUUAUCUUGAGCAUCUUCAACCUUAUCAUCAACAACUUCUGGACUCUUCACCCUCACCACCCUCACCGAGACUUCGCCAAGUACGACUUCUUUCAGAUCCUGUCCAUAGUCGGUGGCCUUGUCCUCCUUGUCAAUAUGGGCCCUGGCCAAUUCAGCGUUGAUGAGAAGAAAAAGGUCUAUUAAUAACCGGAGAUACUUGGGUCAGGGAGAUCGGGGGAUAAUGCAUGGAUUGAUACUGGUAAUGCGGUUGGCAUGGUCGACGGGCCAACAGUGUAGGAGUCAGCAUGAGUUAGGCUGAGAUGACUAUAUGAUCAUUCAACUUUUGCACUGAGUUAUGGGGGAAAUGCGCAGAGCGGCUUUGUAUAGUUCAAUCGCACAGAUAACAAUCGAUCAGGCUAAAGUAAA